AUGUCGUACAUGAGGAGCUGUUACAACUGUGGACGCCCUGGACAUACCAUUGCCGCUUGCCCGUCGGCUGGGAACCCAACUUGUUACAACUGUGGACAACAGGGUCAUGUCUCGGUAGACUGCACGAACCAGCCAGUGCCCAAGACUUGCUUCCGUUGCAACGAGGCUGGUCAUGUGUCUCGUGAGUGCCCGCACGCUGAAGCGCGUGGCGAUGCCGCAGCUGGCGAAUGCUAUCGCUGUGGAGAGACAGGUCACAUUGCCCGCAUGUGCCCUGUGAGUGGCGGCUCGGGAGCGCCACGCAACCCGCGUGCUUGCUACAACUGUGGUGGCGUUGGCCAUUUGUCGCGUGACUGCUCGUCGGCUCCUGGUGCUGCCGCCACUGCUAGCAUGAAGUGCUACAACUGCGGUAACAUGGGUCAUCUCUCGCGUGAGUGCCCCCGCCCCUCUCAGCGUUCAUGCUACACUUGCGGCUCGAGUGAUCACUUGGCUGCUCAGUGCCCGCAAGCCGCAGUCUAA